AUGGAGGCGCUUCGGAAGAAAGUGUACAACAUUGUGAAUGUGGACCCAAAUGAGUAUGAGAUAACUAUGAAAGUUAUAUAUGAAGCAAUGAAAACUGCAUGGCCAGCAGAGAUAGCUGAUGAUGAUGACGUGAGAUCUUUUAUUUUUGAAAGUCUUUCAAGUUCCUACAAGAUUCCAUUGUGCAUUACAUUGAAGGGUAAAAUAAGCAAUCAACAAGCUCCAUCGGUUGACGUCGGACAAGAAUCAAUGCCAGUGGACCUCAACGUGAGUACUCAAGUUGUUUUAGAAGAUAAUCAUGAUUCAGAAAAUGACUUGGGAAACAAAGAAUUUAAGGACUCUGAAUCUGAAGUGGAAAACAAUAGAACAAAGCUAGAUAAGUUGCAUUGUGAGAACAUGCAAUGUGAGGAUAUGGCAUAUGUAGAGGCUGAUAAUAUAUUCCAAGAUAAUGCUGAAUUCAAUGAAUUGUGUGGUGACAACAACAUGGGGUGUAAUGAUGUACCAGCUGUCAGUGUGCAGUUUGAUGAACCCAACUCUGACAAACCAAAUUCUCUUGAGUAUUCAAGAAUGAAAAUACUUCAAAAGGGGUUCUGUGAUUUUCAAGGUGAGGCAGCCAAAAUGGAUUCACAUGUGAUAGAAUGGGCUGAUAAGUUGGUGCAAGAAAACAACACAAAAAUGUUAUCAUUGCAGGAUAUGGUGGCUGAGAUUGCUAUGAAAUGGACCAAAGUUCUGAGAACUGGAGCUCUUGGGGUAAGAUUCAUGGGUGUUGAUCUAAACACAAUCAUGUUCAACAUGGAACAAGGCCAAGACAUGACAGAGUUGAAGGAGUUUGUGUUGAACCGACCAGAGGCCUAUGAAAUAAAGAUCGGCGAUCAAGUUUUUCGAAGACCUGGAGAUCCUCCAUUGGAGGAAGUUGUGGAGAAGCUCCAGAAUGAGAAAAAGAGAGUGGAGAAUGAGAGCCCGGCAGAGAGCAAUACGCAUUUGAAAGAGGAAUUGUACUAAGUUUUCUGACAUGCAAUAUAAUGACCCCUAGUUUAACUCCAUUGGGGGAGCCACUCCGAAUAUUCAUGCAUUACUAUUCAAGUGGAUUUUA